UGAUGGCAUCUGGGCUGUUAAGGACCGAGGCAAGCUCUCUGAGACCCCCGUGCAGGAAUUUUGCCCGUGGAUCCUGCCGGUGGGGCCAGAGCUGCCGUUUCUCACACGACAGAGAAUCAGCCCGGGUGUGCAGGUACUUUCAGCGUGGGUUCUGCCGUUAUGGAGAGCAGUGCAGCUACCAGCACAUCCAGGAGGAGCCAGUACCAGUAGGGACCCAAUAUGGUCUGAUGCCUCACUGCCACUGUGGCCAGGAGCCUGGCACUGAGCCCACAGCCAUGGACCAGGACCAGAGGGAAGCCCAGUGCACCACAGCCUGCAGCAUGACAUGUGUGGCCUUCAAGUUCCCCAAAGUGGAGGUAGAAGUGGAAGAGAAAGACAAGAAGAACAUCCCAGCAGUUGGUAACAUCCCCCGUGGGGCCAUCAGUGGAGAAUUUGUCCCCACAAAAUCUCGAGGUGCCUCAGGCGUCCAGCCACACGGGCCAGCACUGGAUCCAGACUCCUCUGACCCCAAAGAGGCAGUUUUGGAGACAGCAACACGGACUGACCCUGCAAAGGUCCCUGCAGAGCCAGCUGCUGAGGCAGCCCUGGUCACCACUGCAGCGCUGAGAGCCCGGAGUGAGGCUGUGGUGUGCGGCAUCUGCAUGGACAGGGUGUACGAGAAGGCGCUGCCCGAGGAGCGGCUCUUCGGGAUCCUCCCGAACUGCAGCCACGCCUACUGCCUGGGCUGCAUCCGCAGGUGGCGGCGCAGCCGCGCCUUCCAGAGCGCUGUCAUAAAGGCCUGCCCAGAGUGCCGGAUCCCCUCCAGCUACUACAUCCCCCACAAAUACUGGAUCUCAGAUGUGGCUGAGAAGGAGAAGCUCAUCAGAGCCUUCAAGGCACGGACAGGGAAAAUCAGGUGCAAAUUCUUCCUGCGUGGCCACUGCCCGUUCAGAUCAGAGUGCAUCUACCUGCACGAGCUGCCUGCCAGCUGGCUGCGGUGGCACAGACAGCGCCAGCUGAGGAUGCCCGUGGUGUUCAUCCCUUCUUCCUCUGACGAGAGCUCUGACGAGGAGGAUGAGGAGCUCUCGCGUGCUUCGACUGCCUCCACGCUGAGCAGAGGAGCUCGAAGCUCCUGCUGGGUGAGCCGCUCCUGGAGCCACAUGAAGCCGCUCGAAGGGAGCUCGCCGGGACAGGGGGAGGAGGAGGAGGCGCAGGGACCGGCCCAGGGGCGCCGGCGGCGGCAGCGGCACCGGCCGAGCUGCCGGCCCAGCCCCUCACCGCGGAGGGAGCAGCAGGCAGAGCUGUCCGGGCUCCCCACGUCUCCGGAUGAAGAUGCAGAAACCCCGGAGGAGCCGCUGCUGAGCCUCCCCAGUGAGCUCUCAGUGCUGGACAGGCUUGGCUUGCACAGGGUGGCUCUGACCGAGCAGGAUCUGGAGGCAGCCUUUGCCCACCUGGCCCUGGCUUUUCGCUGCGACGUGUUCACCCUGCAGCAACGGGUGCAGGUGGAGAGACGGGCGCGGGAUGCAGCAGAGGAAAACAUCCAGGAGGAGCUGGGGCAGUGCCGGGCUGCCCUGGAGAGGCUGGGCCGAUCCUGUGCCAAUGCAGGCUGCAAGGAGACGCUGGAGCAGCUGCAGCACGACCUGACCGUGCUGGCAGCAGCUGUGGAGAGGGCAACCAGUGCUGCAGAGAAGCUGGGGGCUGUGCACCAGGAGGCCCGGAUGAGCCGGGCAGCAGAGGUGAUGGUGCAGCACGUGGAGAACCUGAAGCGGCACCACCUGCGGGAGCACGCGGAGCUGGAGGAGAUGAAGCGCCUGAUCCAGCAGAACUCCCACAACCGGCAGCUGGCAGAGAGCCAGGAUGAUGUGGAGCCACGGCUGAGGCCUCAGCCCCUGAAGAGGACUUUCCAGCAGGGGUCUGCCCGCCGCAGGGUCAGCAUCGCCGUCAUCCCCAAGCAGCUCCUGCCAGGUGCCAGCCCUGAGAGCCGAGCAGCCCCAGCAGGUGACCUGGAGCCAGAGGGAGCCCAGCGCUGGCCCAGCACCCCCAGGAGCGAGCUGGAGCCACAGGGCCAGCACAGCGCCGUGACUGGGAAGCUGGUGACAGAGGCAGAUGGCAGAGGAUCCAGCACAGGGAGCGAGGAGCCAGAGCAGCUUGGGCUGACGUCCAAGGGCUCUGCAGCGGAGCUGUGGCGUCCGUGGCUCUUCCUCCCACAGCACUACUGGGUUUUCUUCUGGCUGCUUCUCCUGAGCAUCGCCUUCCUCCUCCUCGUCCGUGUCCUGGAGCUGCAGAGGCUGCAGCCUGCAGCAUCACCCAAGGCUUAGCUGGACCAGGGAGGGGGAGCUGAGAGCCAUCUCUGCUCC